AUGUCAGGUUUAGACAAGCAGUCGACUUCUAGUAGCGAUGAAUAUGAAGAUGCUGAGGACGAAUUGGGCCCCCUUCCACAUUUGAUUUCUCCUCAGAAUGGUGUAAAUAGAGUUACUUCUGCAAAUGGGGAAAGUGGAAAUAACUUUUUAUUGUCCAGGACCGAACAUGCUUUGCGCAGUCCAGACGCUGUACAAACACAACCGUCAACAUCGGCCCAUGUUAAUCUCACAACUCCUCCUUCGCUAACGCCUCAGCUUAACAAGGAUUCUGCAUCGGUUUCGAGACGAAGUCGUUUGAGCAUUUUAAGAGGCAAAAUGCAGAAGGAAUUUGGAGGUAUCUUACAAAGUAAUUUGACAUCUUUGGAGGAUGAAACAGGAUCUACCAGUGGGAGUGCGUCUUUAGCAUCUUGGGGGAGGAAUUUGAUAAUGGAACAUUCAGCUUUAACAGUUGGCCCCUUUUUUCCGGCCGAUUCGAUAAGCACUAAAGCAUUUUCAAUGAAUGAAUGCGCUGCGAACGAUAAUGCCAGCUCAAGGAUUGUAGUUCAGGAAGUCCAAGCCCCACAAGUCCCUUCUAGAGACGAUAAUGAUACUAGUUCUAAGCCCCCUGCCCGUCCACCGCCUCCUUUGCCUUUAUCUCCUUGUCCAGCUCCACAGUUUGCCGUCCAGCUGCCACCUACCAACGCCACACCACCUCCUCUACCUCCAAGGAAUCCAGCACUUCGUUUACCUGCUGCUCUUCCAACGCAAGUGAUCGCGGGAGCUUCAGACAGCAACGACUCUGUUACCUCAGCAAACUUUGCUCGCUGUCGUGGUCAUGCAAAGUCUAACUCAUUGGAUAGGGGGUUAAGUUUAGCUAAAUGCUUGAAAAGUGGACCAUUUCCGCCUCCUGCAAAUAAGAGUAAUUCUCUAAAACGAGAAUAUUCAACUGAGGGAGCAGAUGUUUCGUCAUUUGUUUCUCUCGAUGGUGGUGAGGAAGAUAUGAGAAAUAGUGAUGCCCAAGGAGUUAUUCACCAGAUAACUUCGUCAAUUUUGGAUGAACAUUCUUUCAAGGAAGUUACUUCCGCGACGGGCAUGGGACAUAGCAGUGGUGAUGACAGGCUUUCAGCAGUUGAAGAGGCCAGCAUUACACCUUAUCCAACCCCGUCGUCUUCAUGUAUUUCAAAGAAUGAAAACGAUGCUCGUUUUUUGGUUACUUCAAAGGAAAAUUUACCAUCGACUAAUAACAUGCAGAAAAAUGAAGUUGAAUCCGAUAUUCAUGACUUGGUGGCGGUAGAUGGGAGGGAUGCCAUAAGGGAAGAACUUUCUGUCAAACCUGGGAAUGUAUAUCAUGGAGGUAUUGAUCCAAUCUCUCGGGAUCUUGAACGGAGAAACCAACAGAGCUUUAACCAAAGUGACAUUGGUUCUACAAAUGCAUCUUCUGUUAGCGGUAUCGGUCGUGCUGCUCAUGUGGUUAAAGAAUACGGGACAAUUGCCUCUGGUUUUUUUCGAGGUGCAGAUUUUAGGACAUACGUGGAUUUUAAAUUUCUCAUUUAUGGUUCCAUGAGGGGAAUGAAAAUUUCUAGCAGCAGCGCUUCGAAACUUCCGAAAGAAGAGGAAGAAAGCGGGGACGAUAAGGACGAACGUGGCGAAACAGAAAGUGCAUCAAUUGUGCGUCCAAAAAGUGCGAAAAGAGGACCUUUUGAUUUUGAUGGAACUCGUGUGGUGCAGGAGCUGAAUAAUGAACAUACGGGUGCGGUUUGGUGCAUGAAGUUUUCUCUCUGUGGUCGUCUUCUUGCUACGGCAGGUCAGGAUAAUAUAGUACGUGUAUGGGUCUUGCGAAAUCAUUUAGCUUAUUUUAAUUCAAUGCGGGAGCGUUAUAAUGCACAAUGCAAACAAAGCUCGAGUAUUCCUUUUGGUGAUGGAGUUCUUCGAAAUACGAUGCAACAGAUUGGGAAGGAUUUUCGGUCAUCUAGCACAACAUUAGGGGAUAGCGCAGGAUCAAUGUGUUCUCAUGACGAGGAUGUGGACAAUGACAAUUGUUCGGUCAUGGCUGCUAAGCCGUUAUGUACGUAUCGUGGGCAUACUGCAGACGUAUUAAAUUUGUCAUGGUCCCCGAAUUAUUUUAUUCUUUCUUCUGGUAUGGAUAGAACUGUCAAGUUGUGGCAUCUCUCUCGUCCUGAGUGCCUGUGUUGUUUUCAGCACAUGGAUUUUGUUACAUGCGUUGCCUUUAUGCCGAAGGAUGACCGUUACUUCCUUUCCGGUUCAUUAGACGGUAAACUUCGUCUAUGGCAUAUACCAGAUAAGAAGGUUGCUCUUUGGAAUGUGGUUGAGCAAGUGAAAUAUAUUACUGCUAUUGCCUUUGUAAAGAAUAGCAGGUUUGUGGUUGUUGGUACAUAUGAUGGUCGUUGCUUCUUUUACUCGACUGAUCAACUUAAGUAUCAUACUGUGAUUGAUGUUAGGUCAACUCGAGGAAAGAAUGCUCGAGGACAUAAGGUAACUGGUCUGUCUGUACAUGGCGAUAAACUUUUGGUCACUUCGAACGAUUCGCGCAUUAGGAUGUAUGACCUUCGUGAUAUGGCACCUACCUGCAAAUUUAAGGGAGCUCAAAUUGAAAGAAGUCAAAUUCCAGCUGCAUUCUCCCCCGAUGGUAAGCAUAUAGUUUGUGGUAGUGAGGAUCACUGUAUUUAUGUCUGGUCGACUGGAGAUCUUCCAUCUUCCAUCUCUGUGCGUAAAGAUCGUAACGAAGCGUGGCAACGAAUAAGUUGUCAUUCUGCUUGUGUUUCGGCGGCAAUUUUUGCUCCACGUCCUUCUCUUUUUCUUUCACUGAUGGAACACCGGCGUGGUGGCGAAGAAAGGAAGUUUGAAGCGAGCGGCCAUACGAAGUCACACGAUCGACAAAUUCAAGGAGAUGUAAUCAUUUCAGCCGAUCUUCAGGGAUCGAUCAAGAUUUUAGCUAACCGUAUUCGAAUAAAAGCAGGAGGUUCAAAUUUCUUUUCAACAGGUAUUGUAUAG